UAAGACAAAAAAGGUAAGUGAUGUAGGAAAUUCUCUAGUUCAUGAAAAUGCGAACAAAAACGUGGCAAGUCUAUUUUCUCGAUUGAAGUAGCCUUUGCCCAAUCACAAAUCAAGUAGACACAGUCUUGAAAUCUUUUUUGUUUAAAACGUAUGGGUCGAAAUGAGUAAGCUUAUAUCAACGCGUCGCAAAACCAUAGCCAAAUCGAGAUACACACUCGGUGGCUACUUAUUGCCGACACGAAUUACACAGCAACGCAUUUACGAGCCAACUUAUCAAUUGACAUCCAACAAUCCGACUAAUUUCGAUCACAUUCAAUUGAUUAUUCGAAAUUGUCUCAUUCAAAAUGAGUACAUUAUGCCCAGCUAUGAUCCAGACAUUGUGAUGCAAUUCGUGCGAAGUGUUUGCAACGACAUCAAAUUUCGCAUUCAAAUUCAGAAUUUUGAUCGUUUUCGAGCCGUUGUUAUUGUGAAUGUAACGGAAAAAGCGAAUCAAGGCUUGAACUGGCAAGUGGGCACAUUGUUGGAUUCCAGCACCGACGGAUGGACUACAUUCCAACACGAAACCGCUACGUAUAUGGCCAACGUAUUUUGUUCAUUGGUUUACUGGGAUUGAUUCGAUACACUCACCUAAACAUGCGUCCUGCUUUCCGUCAGAAUAUCCCGCACAAAACAUCUCCUCGUACAAUUCAACGAAAAUAUUCUUUUUC